CAGGAGGUCCUUGCUAUCCCGGUUCUGCCCCUGCCAGGAGCUACGGCCGGAAGAUGGCGGCGGCCGCGGAGUUAACGCUGCUGGAAAAAUCCCUGGGGCUGAAUAAAGGGAAUAAAUAUAGUGCUCAGGGCGAGCGACAGAUUCCAGUUCUUCAAACAAACAAUGGUCCAAGUCUAACAGGCUUGACGACAAUAGCAGCUCAUCUAGUCAAGCAGGCCAACAAAGAACACUUGCUGGGGAGCACUGCAGAAGAAAAAGCCAUCGUUCAGCAGUGGUUAGAAUACAGGGUCACCCGCGUAGACGGACACGCCAGUAAAGAUGAUAUCCGCACUCUGUUGAAGGACCUUAAUUCCUAUCUUGAAGAUAAAGUCUACCUUACAGGAUAUAACUUCACCUUAGCAGAUAUCCUAUUGUACUAUGGACUUCAUCGCUUUAUAGUUGACCUGACAGUUCAAGAAAAGGAGAAAUAUCUUAAUGUAUCUCGCUGGUUCUGUCACAUUCAGCAUUACCCAGGCAUCAGGCAACAUCUGUCUAAUGUUGUCUUCAUCAAGAACAGACUAUAUACUAAUUCCCACUAGAAGCUACUCAUGCCGUACAGAAGAACAAUUAAUGCUUUAAAUGGAAAAUGUAUUGUGGACCACAGGACUAACAUAAAUUGAUACUCAGUCAUUCUCUGUUGAAGUUGAGAGAAUUCAAAAAGUAUAAACUUGUGUCUGAGUGUUUUAUUUGUUCUUAAGUUGAAGUUUUAUAAUUUUUAAUGUAAAAAUUAAACUACUAUUACAAAAAAACAAGUUGAGAUCAAGUUAUAAAUUAACCUUGUUUUUAUAGGUGAAAUUUAUUUUAAUAAACAUUGUAAAUCAGUGGCUUAAUCUUAAAGAAAAUUGGUAGUCCUUACAGUGGUUGGUAUGUAUGGCUAUUUAUUAACCUCUCUUUAAUGUUUUAAAAUUCAUUUUUCCCAUAUGGAUAUUUAUGGUAGUUUGUUUGUUAGGAAUGAUAAAUUGUGCCAAGGAGACAAAAAGGGAAGGCAGAUGGAUUUGUUUUCAGAUAUUUAUGUGAGCUAGUAAAUGUGG